AAGAAAAUUAAUUAAAGAAAUGGGGAUUCUCCCUGUCGAUUGAUUGGAGGAAGAGCAUAUACUCUUUCAUCUUCCGGUUAUUCUCCACCUCCGGCGAAUCCCAUAAAGAAUAUCCAAACGGGAUUCCGGACAGUCCCUUCUCCCUGGUCCCUCUUUCUCUCUCUUCCCCCUCUCUCUCUCUCACACACACAAACACACACUAGCUGCCUCAAUCAAACUCAAAGAUUAACCCAUCCCCCCAUAGAAUUCAAGAAGAAAAGAAUAACAAAUCCCCUAAAAAAAGAUUCUUUUAUUCCGAGUAACGACCAAUUUUCAAUAGUAUAAUUUGUAUUUAAACCAAAGCAAUAAUCAUCAUGUCCACUAAUUAUCUCUCUGCUUCUACUUCAUCUACCUGCUCUUAUAAAUACACUCCUACUACAUUUUUUCAUUCUGGAGUUUCUUCUUGCUCCUGUAAAUCAAGAAUUAGGAAACCCAUUACUCUAAUUUGUGUAAAUUCUGAGUCUUUGUUGUAUAGAAGGAGUAAAGGAUUGAGAUUCUGCAAGGAAAGAUCCUAUAAAGAUAGACUUUUUAUUGCAGCUACAAUGGUAAGCAGCGAUAUGUCUAUUACAGAGCACAGUGAAGAAGAAGAAGAAAAGGAGAACCCUCUUCCUUUGGUUGAAUGUGAGAUCAAUUCUAAGCCUAGGCGUAUUGCUCUUUUUGUUGAGCCUUCUCCCUUUGCUUACGUCUCAGGAUACAAGAACAGGUUCCAGAAUUUCAUCAAAUACUUACGAGAAAUGGGGGAUGAGGUAAUGGUUGUAACAACUCAUGAAGGAGUGCCACAGGAAUUUCAUGGAGCUCAAAUAAUUGGAUCAAGAAGUUUCCCGUGUCCGUUGUACGAAAAGGUACCGCUCUCACUAGCACUCAGCCCAAGAAUAAUAUCAGCAGUUGCCCAAUUCAAGCCUGAUAUUAUACAUGCAUCAUCUCCUGGCAUUAUGGUAUUUGGUGCUCUUGCCAUUGCGAAAUUACUCUCUGUGCCAAUUGUAAUGUCAUAUCAUACUCAUGUUCCUGUAUAUAUCCCCAGAUACACGUUCAGUUGGCUCGUCAAACCAAUGUGGCUAAUUAUAAAAUUUCUGCACAGAGCUGCUGAUCUUACAUUAGUGCCUUCUGCUGCAAUUGGAAAAGAUCUAGAAGCAGAAAACGUCACUACAGCCAACAGGAUACGCCUCUGGACCAAGGGUGUCGAUUCCGAGAGCUUCCAUCCUCGUUUCCGCUCCCACGAAAUGAGAUUGAGAUUGAGCAAUGGAGAACCAGACAGACCACUGAUAGUCCACGUAGGACGUAUUGGAGUCGAGAAGAGUCUAGAUUUCCUCAAAAGGGUCAUGGAUCGCCUUCCAGAAGCUAGAAUAGCUUUUAUCGGAGAUGGACCGUACAGGGAGGAGCUGGAGAAGUUAUUCUCAGGUAUGCCAGCUGUCUUCACAGGGACACUACAAGGAGAAGAGCUCUCACAAGCAUACGCUAGUGGCGAUGUUUUUGUGAUGCCAUCAGAAUCCGAGACAUUAGGGCUCGUUGUUUUGGAGGCCAUGUCAUCAGGGCUCCCCGUGGUGGCUGCUCGUGCAGGAGGAAUCCCUGAUAUUAUUCCCGAAGAACAACAGGGUAAAACGGGAUAUUUAUUCAACCCUGAAGAUAUCGAUGACUGUUUGAGCAAAUUGAAACCCCUUCUUUACGAAAGAGAACUGAGGGAAACCAUUGGCAAAGCUGCACGUGUCGAAAUGGAGAAGUAUGAUUGGAGGGCAGCUACUAGAAAGAUAAGGAACGAGCAGUACAGGGAUGCUAUUCUCUUCUGGAGGAAGCAGAGAGAGGAGUUCUUGAAACCGUUUCAGUGGUUGAUUCAGCGCUUUUCCAAGAAUACCCCUGCCGCGAUCGAAAUGUGAUCUUGUGUGUUUGUUUGGUGUUUUUAUUCUUUACAAUGUAAUAUAUUGUAUUGAUUCAAAUGUUUUUUCCGUGUAUAAAUAAGUUUGGAUUGGAUUCUUUGUGGCUAAAAUUGUCAGACUUUAUAUAUAAUUGAAUAUUCUUGAAAAACAA